UGUCUUCCCAAGUCAAGAAAGAAGGCUACUGAAGGCUUCACUCAGUAAAUCAUGGCCAUUGUAUAGCACAUAUGUAUAAUAAUGAAAUACAAUGGAAGUAAACAUCCUCUCAUCUCUUGAAUAAUAUAAUUAUUUUUAAGUAGUUUCUUGUUCAUUUGUUUAUAGCAUCAGGAGGGCAUUCUAAGUGGACUAAAAGAAGACCUUUGUCAAAAGGAGAAAAAAAACAAAUCAAUUAAAUUACCAGCGUACAUCACGCACUCAGCUAUUUUCUUGGAAGACGCAUCCAGAUCUCAUUGGUUUGAAGGAUGCAUGUGACAUGGCCAUGGUGUUGGUCUUCGGGAGGGCAAGAGAGUGAACGUGAAGUUCUAGACGUGGAGACAUUUAUAAGGAAAUGUGUAGCAGAUGACAUCAUGCAGCAGGAGAGCGAUCGUCUGUUUGCCGCACAAAUCGAACCUGACCUCAGGAAACAGUUUGCCUUUCUGUCAGGGGGCAGAGGGGAAAACGGAAGCCCUAUCAUCGUGUUCCCAGAAUUCCCUGCGUUUGGCGAGCUAUUGGAGGAGGAGUUCCAAAACGUGUUGACUUACCUGACCAGUGUGCCCAGUGUGACGGCGUCUGGAGUGGGCUUUAUCCUGGUCAUCGACCGCCGCCAGGACAGAUGGGCCUCCGUCAAGGGAACCCUGCUACGCAUCGCAGGCUCGUUCCCAGGAAAUCUACAGCUAGUUCUGGUCUUGCGGCCCUCUUCCUUAUUCCAGCGGACGCUGUCCGAAAUCUUCUUCAAGUACAACAAGGAUGAGUUCAAGAUGAAGGUUCCGGUGGUCAUGCUGAGCUCUGUCACGGAGCUCCAUGCCUACAUCGACCGGACCCAGCUGCCCCGGGAGCUUGGCGGGAGCCAGGAUUACUGCCACGACACCUGGAUCUCACACCGCACCGCUAUCGAGGCCUUUGCUCUGAUGGUGAAGACCACAGCACAGACCCUGCAGUCGUUUGGGACAGAGCUGGCGGAUACCGAGCUUCCCAACGACACCCAGGCCGCCUCCAACCUCCUGGCCACACACACCGAGAAGAAGAAUCAGAUGAAGGAGGAUCUGUGCGUGGCCCUGGGUCAGGGGGGGCGGCUCCUGGAGAGCAUCAACGAGCCCCUGCAGAGAGACCCUGACUACAUCAUGAACCAGGAUGAAGUGGAAAACCUGGCCACCGUGCAAAGACUACUGGGCCAACUAGACGAGACGGAGACGGCGUUUGAUGAUUUCUGGGACAGGCACCAGACCAAGCUGGAGCAGUGUCUGCAGCUUCGCCAUUUUGAACACUACUUUCGUGAGGUGCGUACCCAGCUGGACGUGGUGUCCGAGAGGGUAACGGCGUUCUCUGAGGUCGGCAUCAACCCCGCCCACGCAGAACACAUCCUACGGGAACUCAACGGCGUGGAGGAGAGAGCCUGUGAUGUGUUGGACAGGGCCCUGUCCCUGGUUACUGAGGGCGAUGGGUUGAUCGAGAACGCCCACUACGCUGAAGACUCCAUCAUGCCCAAGUGCUGUGAGUUGAGAGCAGCGUGCGAGGAGAUCACCUCUGUCCUGAAGACCAAAAAGGCCCUGCUCUUCAAGGCAAUGGAGCUGCACCACUCUCUGGAGAAGGCGUUGAGGUGGUGUGACGAGGGGAUCUACCUCCUUGCCUCCCAGCCGGUGGACAAAUGUCAGUCUCAGGACGGGGCGGAGGCGGCCCUGCUGGAGUUGGAGAAGUACCUGGACACGGCCUCCCAAUACCAGAUCACGGACUGCAACGCAAUCUGGAGAGACUACGACUCCAUCCUCAAACCGGAGCUCAAGGAGCAGGUGGAGAAGGUGAUUCAGAAGCAGGCGUCCAUGUUGGAGAUGUUUGAGAAGAGGAUGGUCAGUCUAAAGAAGCUGGCAGCCAAACAGACCCGACCCAUCCAGCCAGUGGCACCCAGGCCUGAAGCCAUACUCAAGGCCCCCAUGUCCUCCUCUACUCUCAGGGAUCCAGAGAAGAUGAAUGCUGAGGAGAAUGUUUUGAACGUCGGAAACUGCAGGAAAGUGGAGAUCCAGGUGCAGAACGGCUGCAGCAGACAUGGUUCUCUGUCUGAGGAGGAGGAGAACCUGGCUGUUCUCCGACGCCACGUAAUGAAUGAGCUGUUGGAGACUGAGAGAGCGUAUGUGGAAGAGCUACUCUGUGUACUGCAGGGUUACGCUGCUGAGAUGGAUAACCCGGCCAUGGCCCACCUCAUACCUGGACCUCUGCUCAACAAGAAGGAUGUCUUGUUUGGCAACAUGCCUGAGAUCUACCAGUUUCACAAGAGGACGUUCCUCAGGGAGUUGGAGACCUACAUGGAGGUCCCUGAGCUGGUCGGACAGUGUUUCCUGGAGAGGAUGGGCGACCUUCAGAUAUAUGAGAAGUACUGCCAAAACAAGCCUCGCUCUGAAAGCCUGUGGAGACAGUGUUCUGACUGUGCCUUCUUCCAGGAGUGCCAGAAGAAGUUGGAACACAAGCUGGGGUUAGACUCGUACCUCCUCAAGCCUGUGCAGAGAAUAACGAAGUACCAGCUGAUACUCAAGGAGCUAUUGAAGUACAGUAAGGGAUGUGAGGGGUCGGAGGACCUCCAGGAGGCGCUGUCCUCCAUCCUUGGCAUCCUGAAGGCCGUCAAUGACUCCAUGCACCUCAUCGCCAUCACAGGAUAUGAGGGAAACCUUUCAGAACUGGGCAGACUGCUAAUGCAGGGCUCGUUCAGCGUGUGGACGGAACACAAGAAAGGUCACGCUAAGGUCAAGGACUUGGCCCGCUUCAAGCCCAUGCAGAGACACCUGUUCCUGCAUGAGAAGGCCCUGCUCUUCUGCAAGAGGCGGGAGGAGAACGGAGAGGGUUACGAGAAGGCCCCCUCCUACAGCUUCAAACACUCGCUCAGCAUGAGUGCAGUGGGCAUCACUGAGAGUGCCAAAGGUGAUAAUAAGAAGUUUGAGAUCUGGUGUAAUUCCAGAGAGGAGGUGUUUAUUGUCCAGGCUGCAACGCCAGACAUAAAAACAUCAUGGGUGAAUGAAAUCCGGAAGGUUCUGACUGGUCAGCUUAAUGCCUACAGAGAAUCCAGUCAAAAGAAGGCAUCUGACCCAACAACUCCGAGUUCAACCACCAACAGCCCAUGUAUGGGUCUGAGUCCAUUUAAAAACUCUCAGAAGAGUGUGAAGAAAGGAGAAGAGAAGAAGGCUGAUGCUGUGAUUUCUGACCAAAACGCCUCCUCUCCAAAACACAAAGAGGACCCAGUCACCAGUCCCACAACUGACAGGGCUUCAGUGGCUAAAAAGCGUUUUACCCUUCAAGGCUUCAGCAAUCUGAAGAGUCCGAAAGAAUGUCUGCCCCCUGGUGGAGCGACAGGAUCCCCCCUUAGCCCCGACCACAAAGCCAAACGCCACGAGAUUAAGAGUGACCCCACUCCCUUUGGGUUUAAAGAGCCCGGUCAGACUCCCCACAUCCCACUGAGCGGGGUCAAAUGGCUCAGCACCUCUAGUCUCUUACAGGCCAAGAGGAGAGGUUGGAGCAAAGCCUCACUCUCCAUGGACGCAUCAGAAGAGCAUGAUGGGUAUUCCAGUGCCGAGGACCCGAUGAACUCUGAUACCGAAGAUGAGGGAGGGAGGAAGCUGGCUGUCGGCGGCAGGUUCACGGUAGUGGCUGACUAUGAGAAGGAGAAGGGAGGGCCUCAGGAUCUGUCGGUGAAGAGUGGAGACACGGUGCAGCUCAUUAAGGAGGGAGAUGACGGCCAAUGGUUUGUUAGGAACCUGAGGAGUAGCAAAGACGGCUGGGUAGCAGCAGCCAACCUCCUCACACUCAUCACAGAGUCCAAGUCCUCACAGUCCCUUAGUAGCUCAGAGGGCAGCGUAACGGGCAACCUCAGUACAUCUUCCAGCUGCAGUGAAACCUACACAAGUUUCUCUGACAUCAAGCCCUGAAGUUCCACCCCCCCCCCGUGAGACCUGAGAUGCAGUUACAGCACCGCCCAGUGGUUGGCUGUUGAUAUGACAUGUGCACUUGUCUCAUCCACUCUCCCAUAUUGAAGUUUAGGCAGCAUGGAAUGUAGCAACAAGCCAUGCUUACCGGUCAGUGUGAAAAGGGUGUUAAGGACUAACUGCUCUCUGGACAUUACUCUCAGGGACAAAUUGGAGUGACCUAGCCUUUAACUGGGAUUGAAGGCUGGCACACAUUGGGGAAUCAUUGUAUGUUGAUGAUCCACUCAAACACCUGGAAGUACAGGCCUCUCCCCUACUUGUCAGUGUUCUAGUGGGGGUAAACAAUGCUCAACUGCCCCCCCCCCCCCCAACAGUUUAUUCAGCUUUUGUGGAAUAGAAAUGCAUUGAAAGAAUUGGAGGCACAUUCUUUUUAUGACAAUCUGUGAACUAAAAUGUCCACAGCAAUUUGUUCCCCACUACAUCACUAACCUGUCAGACAAGUAGAGACAGGGAAGUAUACACCCGCUCCUUUCCCUGGGCAUGGAUCACACAAACCCAGGCAGGCUUUGUUAGCCUAGUGUGGUACCGCCCCUCUACAGUAAGUUGGCAGUGAGAUGACAGGCGCUGUACUACUGCACUCGACACAUCAACAGUCAGGUAACAGUCAUAAUGUUUAUCUGUGACAGACAGUCUCCCAGUCCAGUCAUGAGUGACUAUAAAAAAAAAAAACUGAUGGAUUUAUAUUUAAUGGGUUUCUAAUAUACCCCCCCGGUCAUGAAAUACUUCAAACAGUUUGGUCAAAUCUGUGCAUCUACGGCUUAGACCAGAGCGAAUCCAGAACAUAUUCAGCCCCUCUUCCUCCCUGGUCUUUGAGCCUCCACCUGUUCGGUCUGUGGAAUUAGACCUGAACUUUUGGCUUUGUUCCUGGAGAUCUGAGACCGUUGGGCUUUUGCACCACCAGGUGCACUGUUGCACGACUGACAGGUAUAACAAAAACUUCUACAAUAACAAUUCUCAGGAUUUGCUUCAGUUGGUUCAGAAUAAAUCAGAUAAACAACAAAGAAAUCCCGUCAAGAUUGUGAUUCCCAUGUAAAGACUGAUGUCAGGUCUUGGUGUUGAAAUAACUGUGAAAUGUAUCAGAGCUUAUAAACUUUACAGGCAUUAUUUGUAUGCGUUAAUGUGUAUAAUUUAAGUUAUUUGAGAAAGGUGUGUACAGAAAUUAUAAUCCUAUACCUCAUAUUAAAUGAAUUGGUUGUUGGGGCAUGCUUUUUGCCUGGCUACCCUUCCACCUUGCUCCGUCUAACUUACAUGUCUAAUCCACAAUGAGUCAGAGAUGGUCUGCAUGAUGAUUAUGAUACUCUGAUUGGUUAGAUUUUCAAGGGAAUAUCCAAUCUCUGAUGAGUUAUUUUUGUAGAACACCUCUCAUUUCAAAGACACAAUUGACUUCUAAUGGUGGCUGCUUCUGACUGAAAAGACGUAGCUGUCGUUCAGCGCAGAACUUGUGUCAUGGUUAGUAGUCAGGCAAUAUGUUUUCAUGGUCUUUUUUUUAUCUCUCGAGAAAAUAUAUGAAUACAAAUAUCAUCACUUUGCUCAUUUCAGAAUGCAGUCUGUACACUGAAAACUAAAGAUUUCUCUAUACGUCACAUGUGGAAAGUUGAACUAAGAAUAAUGGUUGUCUCAAACGUCCACACACAAACGGUUUUAAAUGGUGUUGGUUAUAACUGUUUUAUAACUGAUAACUUGUUCUACUGUAUACUGUUUUGAUUUGCACCCUGUAAAAUGUUAUUGUCACAUUUUUAUGCAGCACAUUGCAGCAUUAAUGUCUUUAUUUUCCUAUGGUAACAAGUGUUGAUACAGAUCUUAUAUAAAUUAAUGAUAUGCAUUCAUAUCAGUGUAUAUGUGUAAAUAAGUAUUUCUGAGGUGUAUUAUUAAAGCAGCUUGAAUAAAGCCUGAAACAUUCUUUCAUUCA